AGGUGCGACAUCCAUCCGCAAGGUGCGACAAGGUGCUAUUCUAGACGCGUGCUGACGUGUUUUUCCUUGCAACCAGCCAUGGGCAUGCUGUCAGCCCUGGUGCACCUGGUGAUUCUGCCAGCACUUUGCGCUCAGCCAGUGCAUCAAUGGACGGUGCAACGUGGCGGUUCACGCGAUGAUAGAGGCCAUGCGCUGCAGGUGGAUGCCUCCGGAAACGCCUGAGUGGCCGGCGACACAAGGAGCUCCCUGGAUGGCCACACCAAUGCGGGUAUCAGCAGCGCGGACGUUUUCCUCAUGAAGUUCGACCACACCGGAGUCCACCAAUGGACGGUGCAGCGUGGCGGUUCGCGCUCAGAUUAUGUAGAGGCCGCCGAGGUGGACGCCUCCGGAAACUCUUGGGUGGCCGGCUGGACAAAAAGCCGCUCCCUGGAUGGCCACAACACUGCGGGAUUCUCCGACGUCUUCCUCAUGCAGUUCGACCACGCCGGAGUCCACCAAUGGACGGUGCAGCGUGGUGGUUCGGAUCUUGAUGUCGGCAACGCCCUUCAGGUGGAUGCCUCCGGAAACGCCUGGGUGGCCGGCCAGACAUGGAGCCCCUCCCUGGAUGGCCACAUCAGUGCGGGAGCGUCGGACGUCUUCCUCAUGAAGUUCGACCACGCCGGAGUCCACCAAUGGACAGUGCGGCGUGGCGGCUCUCAUACUGAUGAGUGCAAUGCCCUUCAGGUGGACGCCUCCGGAAACGCCUGGGUGGCCGGCGACACAUUCAGCUCCCUGGAUGGCCACACCAAUGCGGGUAUCAGCAGCGCGGACGUUUUCCUCAUGAAGUUCGACCACGCCGGAGUCCACCAAUGGACGGUGCAGCAUGGCGGCUUUGGGGAAGAUAUGGCCCGGGCCCUUGAGGUGGAUGCCUCCGGAAACUCCUGGGUGGCCGGCUACACGACGAGCUCCCUGGAUGGCCACACCAAUGCGGGAGAAUCCGACGUGUUCCUCAUGAAGUUCGACACCACUGGAGUCCACCAAUGGACGGUGCAGCGUGGCGGCUCUGACCGUGAUGAAGCCAGGGCUCUUCAGGUGGACGCCUCCGGAAACUCUUGGGUGGCCGGCUGGACAAAAAGCUCCCUGGAUGGCUACACCAAUGCGGGUAUCAGCAGCGCGGACGUCUUCCUCAUGCUGUUCGACCACGCCGGAGUCCACCGAUGGACGGUGCAGCGUGGUGGUUCGGAUGAUGAUUUUGGCCACGCCCUUCAGGUCGAUGCGUCCGGGAACGCUUGGGUGGCGGGCGAUACAAGAAGUUCCCUGGAUGGAAACACCAACGCGGGUGGCUCUGACGUGUUUCUGAUGAAAUUCCAGGCCGCCAGCACGGUGACCAGCAAGACUUCGACCAGCCGCAGCACGACCUCAACCAGCACUGUGUCCAGAUCCACGUCCGUUACUACUAUAUCAACGAGAACCGCCACAGAAAGUUCAGCUGUCCUUUUCGAGCCGUUGCCGGAUGUAGAUUGGCAAGCAUCAACUCUGGAUACAGUGGGUUUGGAGCAGCUCGUGCAGAAACCGCAGAUAUCAAGCACUUUGACCCCUUCGGUAGAGGAUGGCAAAGACUUUUCCACUGGGUUGACAGCAGCGGAGGACAUUCCCGCUGGAUUGUUGGCCAUCGUCGCAGUGCUUGCUGCGCUGACCUGUUUGUUCGCCAGCCUUGGUAUUUUCUGCUGCUAUUGGAAGCUUCAAGGAGCAGCGCAAGCAGAGCUUCCCAUAUGUCACAUCUCCAAUCCGACGGCACUUCCUUCCUUGACUCCGUCGAUGGCAUUGAAACCUCUCCUUUUCUCUUGGAGCUCCAGGAUGACUGCUGAGUGGCCGCGGGGCAAAGUGCAAAAGCUUGUAGUGUCCGAAGCUGGUUUUGAAGCUUGUGGUCGCCACUAUGAAUUUUGCAAGUUGGAAAAUGGGUGGCACUUCGUUUGGGAAGAUGGCACCGUGCAGAAGGUUGAGAGCAUCCGCGGGAAUAUUCUGCAGUGGAGGACGCAGCAUCCGCAUCCAGCGUGGCAAGACUUCAGGUGGAUUUGCACUCCCAGAUGUUGCAUUGAAAAUCACCAUGACAUGAAGCCGUCAGAUUUUGGCCCCUACAGAUGCGGGUUAUGCGCACGUUCCUGCACUGCUGAAAACCAUUGGAACUGCCAGCAGCACCAGGUGCAUCUUUGCCCCGUUUGUGCUGAGCUGCCGCCGGAAGUGCCUACAUUGGGCGUGGCAGCUGCAUAUUUGGUCAACAUUUUUCCACCUCUGGCUCGCAGAGCAACUGCUGAUGAGAGUCCGAAUUUCUAUGCCAUUUGCCCACUCUUGGCACACGGCGAGAACGGCAUGGGCUAUGACAAGACAUGUCCCCGGGACGGUCGGCCUCGCUGCAGCAUCGUGGAUGCUUUGGACGAUGCACACAGCGGUGGCAUCCCACCAUGCAUGUCUCUCUCUUCAGAAAAAGUAACGCACUUUGUCUCUUGGUGCUGGGCAUAUUCUUUAAACGAUGUGGUCAGCUCCAUUGAACGAUGGCUGCAGAAGUCCGGUGAAGAUCCACUCAGCGUUUUCCUGUGGAUGUGUUUUUUCUGCAACAACCAGUAUCGCAUCAAAGAAGAGGCCAUUCAGACACCCAGUGAAGAUUUGAGGGGGAUCUUCGAAUCGCAUUUGGUAGAAGCUGGCCGGAUGCUGGUGCUGCUGGACACCGUUCUGGAACCGACCUAUGUGACCCGCGCCUGGUGCAUCUUCGAAAGUUACGUCAGCAUUGCACAAGACAUACCAAUGGAGAUCAUCCUCCCCAGAACAGCCGAGAACUUCUUCCAAGAGACCAUGCGUUGUGGCGGGAUUGAUCUUUUAACGCAAGGCGUGCACGAAUUGGACGUUCGACGCGCCAAAGCUGGAUCUCUGGCAGAUGAGGACUUGAUCAAGAGAAUCAUCCUCAACACCACGGGCUUUGACGUUGUAAAUCAUGCCGUCCGCUCUCGCUUGGUGGACCAAUUGACCGUCUUGUUUCGGGAGCUUUUGAUGCCGCGACCGCCCUGAAGCAAGUCUUUUUUCCAUCAGUUUGUUGCGGCGGGCUUAGACAUGUCUGGGUCAGUGGCUCAUGAUCAACCACAAGGAUUUACAAGUCUUGUUUCAAUGC